AUGGGCCACCACAACAUUCGUUAUGUUGGCGAUCCGAAUGCCGACUCAGGUUUCUGGGGCACUCCGACCAGUGUGGCCAACUUCUGCGAGGAAGACUAUGCCGUUACAAGCUACAUAGCCGAAUUCAUCAAUACUCUGACCAAUCUAUCUUACACCCCAUGGUAUCGGAAGAUUGACUUCAUGGCCUUCUCCCUCAUCUGCGUCGGCGUCACGUCCGCCAUGUUCCACGGCACCAUGCAUCAGGUGCCCCAGCUCAUGGACGACCUAUCCAUGCUUCUCCUUGCCGGUGCCCUCCUCCAGCCCAUCUACGCCCUGAACCAGACGCCUUUUCGCCGCGUGCUCGUCGCGUUGACGCUGAUUUUUGGCAUUGGCACCGUGUCUGUCAUCUACGCCCGCAGCGGCCGCAUCGUCAUCCACAUGUGGACCUUCAUCACGCUUCUGACGUUCAUCUGGCCACGCACACUGUAUCUGGUGCGCAAGACGGGGUAUUCGGGGGCGCAGAAGAGGGUGCUGAUGCGAAGCUUUGCGCGCGCCGGCUGGGCUCUGCUGGCAGGGUAUGCGCUGUGGAACGUCGACUUGGAGCUGUGCCUCGGGUUGAGAGCCCUGCGAGAUAAGGUGGGCAUGCCUUUCAGCUGGGGCUUGGAGCUGCAUGGCUGGUGGCAUUUUUUGACGGCGCUCGGCGCGAGCCACUACAUCCGUCUCGUGAGGAUGUUGACGGGAGAGGAGCCGAUCAAGGUGACGCCGGAGGACGAGGCGGCUGUGAAGGCGCACAGGCAGGAAAAGGAGGCUAGGCACAAGAGGUGA